UUAAUCAGAAUUAGGAACAGCCAUUGGUUAGAUCGAUGGUUCCAAUCUUUACAUAUUCAGAAGUUCGGAUAUCCGUAGAUCCUCAAUCCAGCUAUGCGUAUUUUCGUCUUUAAUGGUGAUCUUUUUCUAUCUUGUUUUUUUUUAUCCCGCCGUCAGUUUUCUUCUUCUGUCCAAUUAUUUACAGUUACAGCAGCCAGCAAGAUCCCUGAAGGAAUCGCUGAUUGGCCCAGAAUAAAUAUUACGUAAGCAGUUUUCUGUGUUAUCUAAUUAACGGCAAGCAAGCAAGCAAAGAGUUGAGUUUUUAAGCGAGGAGUUGACGCGAGAGAAUCGUUACCGUUAGAGAAUAGUGUACGAGUUGUGAGUAAUAAUGACGCAGCAGCAGCAGUUGUGUCGGCGGAGAUAUUGAUAAGACUUUUUUUAAUAAGAGGGAAAAUUAAGGAUGAGAGAGAGAAUGUUGUUAGUUAACUCAGGAAUAAUAAGAGAGAGAAGAGAGUUUUCUUUCACUACUAGAAGAACUAGAGUGAAUGAGUUCUGACUUGACUUGUUCUGAGGUGGUAAUUAGGUUUAAGUUAAUUUAUUAAUUUUUUAUUAUCUGAAUUCUGAUUUGAGUGAGUGAGUUGAGUUAAAAAGGAAACAGAUGGCUUGUACUUGAUCAUCUGUGAGCUGAUCGGCGUAUAUUAAUAUGUUUUGGUGACCAAAACAAAAAUUACCGAGCAAAGGGAAGUUAAACGAAUUGAGCGAGAUGAGUGAGAAGCAAAGAAUGAUAAGAGAGAGAAAAGCCAGAAGAGGAGGAGCAGCAGCAGCAGCAAAUCUUCCUUGAUAUUUCCAAACUGAGUGUGAGAGAUAGCUAAAGAAAUUGUAGCAACGCUGUCGCUGGGCAUAGUUGUAGAUGUGGGAGUAGCUAGCAGCUACAAUAAACAAGGAUAAGACGGGAGAUCGAUCUCUAGCUAUCUGAAUUCUGAAAUGGAGGCGAGUGCUGGUUUAGUUGCCGGCUCUCACAACCGAAAUGAGCUUGUCGUCAUCCCCCGUGAACGUGAUGGGGAAUCUGCUCCGAAAGCGUUGCAGGGGCAGAUUUGCCAGAUUUGUGGAGAUGAUGUAGGCCUGACUGCAGACGGGGAGCUGUUCGUGGCCUGUAACGAGUGUGCCUUUCCCAUUUGCCGCACUUGCUAUGAGUACGAGCGCUGCGAGGGAAGCCAAGUCUGUCCUCAGUGCAAGACCCGCUUCAAACGUCUUAAGGGGUGUGCCAGGGUGCAGGGUGAUGAAGAAGAAGACGGUGUGGAUGACUUGGAGCACGAAUUCAGUUUUGAUGCAACAAGGAGCAGACAUGGUAUGCAGCAGGCGCUUGCCGCAGACGCAAUGCUUCACGGCUACAUGAGCUAUGGCCGUGCCUCUGACUCUGAUUUCCCUCAAGUCCUUCAUCCCAUGCCCCAACUUCCCCUCCUUACAAAUGGUCAAAUGGUUGAUGAUAUCCCUCCUGAACAACAUGCUUUGGUCCCUUCUUUCAUGGGAACUACUGCCAGAGGCAAAAGGAUCCACCCUCUUCCUUUCUCAGAUCCUGCCUUUCCAGUACAAGCCAGAUCCAUGGAUCCUUCCAAAGAUCUCGCUGCUUAUGGCUAUGGUAGUGUUGCUUGGAAGGAAAGGAUGGAGAGUUGGAAGGAAAAGCAAGAGAAAUUACAGAUGAUGAAACAUGAAAAUGGUGGCAAAGAUUGGGACUAUGAUGGGGAUGGGAAUGGCCCUGAUCUACCACUAAUGGAUGAGGCAAGACAGCCCUUGUCAAGAAAAUUGCCAAUUCCAUCGAGCCAAAUCAAUCCUUACCGAAUGAUCAUCAUGAUUCGACUUGUUGCUCUUGGAUUCUUCUUUCAUUAUCGGGUCAUGCAUCCUGUGAAUGAUGCAUAUGCGUUGUGGCUCAUCUCAGUAAUUUGUGAGAUUUGGUUUGCUGUUUCAUGGAUUCUUGAUCAGUUCCCAAAGUGGCUUCCCAUUGACAGGGAAACUUAUCUGGACAGAUUGUCCCUGAGGUAUGAGAAGGAAGGCCAGCCUUCACAACUUUGCCCAGUUGAUAUUUAUGUCAGUACAGUUGAUCCGUUGAAGGAGCCUCCUUUGGUGACUGCAAACACUGUUCUUUCCAUUCUUGCAGUGGACUACCCUGUCGACAAGGUCUCAUGUUAUGUUUCAGAUGAUGGUGCUGCUAUGCUGACAUUUGAGGCACUGUCUGAAACAUCUGAGUUUGCUAAAAAGUGGGUCCCUUUCUGUAAGAAGUUUAGCAUAGAACCACGGGCACCUGAAUGGUAUUUUGCACAAAAGAUAGAUUAUCUUAAAGAUAAGGUGCUUCCAUCAUUUGUGAAGGAACGGAGAGCAAUGAAGAGAGAAUAUGAAGAGUUUAAAGUUCGAAUCAAUGCUUUGGUUGCUAAAGCUCAGAAGGUUCCAGAAGAAGGAUGGACGAUGCAAGAUGGAACUCCGUGGCCUGGAAAUAAUGUUCGUGAUCAUCCUGGGAUGAUUCAGGUUUUUCUCGGCCAAAGUGGAGGACAUGACACAGAUGGGAAAGAAUUACCGCGCCUGGUAUAUGUUUCUAGAGAAAAGAGACCUGGGUUUAACCACCACAAAAAAGCUGGAGCAAUGAAUGCUUUGGUGAGAGUCUCAGCUGUUCUUACGAAUGCACCUUACUUGUUGAACUUGGAUUGUGAUCACUAUAUCAAUAAUGGUAAAGCUCUUAGAGAGUCAAUGUGUUUCAUGAUGGAUCCGUUGGUAGGAAAGAGAGUGUGCUAUGUCCAGUUCCCACAGAGAUUUGAUGGUAUCGACAGGCAUGACCGAUAUGCCAACCGAAAUACAGUGUUCUUCGAUAUUAACAUGAAAGGCUUGGAUGGGAUCCAAGGGCCUAUCUACGUUGGGACUGGAUGUGUCUUCAGAAGGCAGGCUCUCUACGGUUAUGAUGCUCCAAAAACAAAGAAGCCACCAACCAGGACAUGCAACUGCUUGCCAAAAUGGUGCUGUUGUGGAUGCUUUUGUUCUGGAAAGAGGAAGAAGAAGGCCAACAAACCUAAGACUGAUAUGAAGAAAAGGAAUUCCAAGAAGGGAGAUACAGAGGCUCUGGCAGCUGUCUGUGCUCUGGAGGGUAUCGAAGAGGGCAUUGAAGGUGUUGAAGUUAAAAAUUUGACUCUGAUGUCUGAGGAGAAGUUGGAAAAGAAGUUUGGGCAGUCUUCUGUGUUUGUGGCAUCCACCUUGCUAGAGGAUGGAGGGACACUGAAAAGCACCAGCCCAGCAUCUCUGCUUAAAGAAGCCAUCCAUGUCAUUAGCUGUGGCUAUGAAGAUAAAACUGAAUGGGGAAAGGAAGUUGGCUGGAUAUAUGGUUCAGUUACAGAGGAUAUCCUAACAGGCUUUAAAAUGCAUUGCCAUGGGUGGCGAUCCAUAUAUUGUAUCCCCGCAAGGCCUGCAUUUAAAGGGUCUGCUCCCAUUAAUCUGUCUGAUCGUUUGCACCAAGUCCUUCGGUGGGCCCUUGGAUCAAUCGAAAUAUUCUUGAGCAGGCAUUGCCCUCUUUGGUACGGGUAUGGAGGGGGUUUGAAGUGGUUGGAACGUCUGUCUUACAUAAAUGCUACUGUGUAUCCAUGGACAUCCAUUCCACUUCUUGCUUAUUGCACUCUACCUGCUGUAUGUCUGCUAACAGGCAAAUUUAUCACUCCAGAGCUGAGCAAUGUUGCUAGCUUGUGGUUUCUGUCUCUUUUCAUUUGCAUCUUUACAACGAGCAUAUUGGAAAUGAGAUGGAGUGGCGUUGGCAUUGAUGAGUGGUGGAGAAAUGAGCAGUUUUGGGUGAUUGGAGGGGUGUCAGCGCAUUUGUUUGCUGUGUUUCAAGGGCUUUUAAAGGUUUUAGCUGGUGUUGAUACAAACUUUACUGUGACAUCAAAAGCAGGGGACGACGCAGAUUUCUCGGAGCUUUAUGCAUUUAAGUGGACGACAUUGCUCAUCCCACCAACCACACUGCUCAUAAUAAACUUGAUAGGAGUAGUCGCUGGAGUCUCCAAUGCUAUAAACAAUGGGUAUGAGUCAUGGGGGCCUCUGUUUGGUAAGCUCUUCUUUGCCUUCUGGGUGAUUGUUCACCUCUAUCCUUUCCUCAAGGGUCUGCUUGGUAGGCAGAACAGAACUCCUACAAUCAUUAUUGUGUGGUCAAUACUGCUGGCUUCCAUCUUCUCCCUUUUAUGGGUUCGGGUUGAUCCAUUCUUGGCCAAGUCGGAUGGCCCAGUCCUGGAGGAAUGUGGAUUGGACUGCCAUUAACACCUCAUGUUGUGUGCCAUUCAUAUACAAUCCUUGUGCAACUGGCUGGCGUAUGAUACAAACAAAUUAUAAAGUUUUGUUAUGUGCGUUUGAGUGAAUGUGAUCAGUGUUCAGUGUUCAGUGACAGACGGGUCUGCAAGCUGUAGAUUAAAUACAUGUAUGGCACGGCACGGCACGGAUCUCUUUCGAACAGCUCCUUCCCUUCUCUUGUGUUCGGUUAUUGGUUUUGGUUUGGGAAAUUCUAAAUAUCAAGUCCAACUCCGAUCCGAGCUGGUGUCUGGCUGGCUGCUGUCUGUAAACUUCAUAGGGUGGUGGUGGGAGAUUGUUCCUCCGAUACUUAUUACUUCCAGUUGAUAAAUCGUGUCUGGAAAGAUAAGGUAGGUUGUUGAACCAGAACAAGACCACACUGCGUUUGUGUAUUAUUCUUGUUAUUUGUCACCAGUCUCUGUAUCUCUCAAUAUUCGAUUCACAAUAACAGCAGGCCACGGCGUGCUGCAUGCAAGUUGUAACUAUAAAAGCAAUUUUGUGGAACGAUACAAAAUGUUGGGGCUCAUUGUUUGCCCUUUAUAAUAGGGUCGAUAUCCAUUUAGGCCACGUUUGGUAACUAGUAUUGGAUUGGAUACUCCUUAUAUUUGAACCAUGUUUAAGGAAGAAAAGAAAUUUUUUUUGGUCAACUUCAAGGUAGAAGAUGGAUUACUCAUGAAGAAAACUUAUCUUAUCUAAUCCCCAAAAAAUAGUAGGAUAACAAUACCUUAUUACUAAUUUCUCCUAAUUGCCCCCAACAUGGAAAGUCAUUUAUCUCUACCGUCAUUUUCCUCCUUCAAUAUAUACCCAGGCAAAACCUAGCGCCCCCCUUUUCUUCUUAGCACCGCAACCUCCCCUACUUGGACUCUUUUGUGGGGCUGGUCUUAUUUUGUGUUUGAGCCUGUUUGGCUAUGUUGGUGGCUGUCUCUGAGAGUUGGUGGCUGUCUCUGAGAGUUGGUAGCUGUCUUUUAGAAUUGGUGGCUGUCUUUGAGAGUUGAUUGUUUCUCCUGGUGACUGCUUGGACCUUGUGCUCUAGGCUGAGAUUAUAUGUCUCAAGCCGAUUUUGUGUCCUCCCUUCUUCGCCAAACACCCCCUUUAACCAGAUUUACUUCUCCCACAACAUCCCCUCCUACUCUUGCCUUCUACUUUUUCCAGAUCUGGUUUCUCCAUUGGGAUAUAGCAACUACUUCUCUAAGCGCUUUGUCGCAUCGUUAUCAGAUUGUAUAUAGAGCUCUUGCUACGGUUCUAGCUCUAGUGCUUGCACCAAUACUCUCCAUUCCCUUGAUUUCAAUCGUUUGGUAUAUACCAUGCUGGUGUUGUGAUUGGUUGGUGUUUUCUUCUUGGUGCACAAGUGGACUCGAGUGUGAAGCAGAAAGUGACUCUUGGAGGAAUGUUCUUGUGCUGAUGUGUUUCUGUUUUUUUGGGAAAUUUUGUUCUUGGCGUAAGAUUAGUGGGUCUCUAUGUGCAACUAUGCUGACUUAUGUGGAGGAUGUGAAUCCCCCUCCUUUGUGGCCAUAUUGGUGCGGUAGGUGCGUUCUGCGGUCCCUUUGUGGUGACGAUGGCUCGAUUGUAUUUUGUUUUGAUUUUGUGUGGGGAAGAUUUGUUAUACUAGACUGUUCUGGUUAUUAGUUUAAUCUGCUAUGUGCUUGUGGUACUUUGUUUCUGCAUUGGCAUUUUCGGCCUUGUAUUCUCUGUUUGUUUCCUUCCCAUUUUUGGGGUUUUAAUGAACUUUGAUUGAC